UAAUGUAACUCAUUGAAACCUAACCUCAUUACUGUAGGGCAACACUGACAUUUAAUUUUUGCUUCUGCUUGCACUAUUUAUUUGUGUACUGAUGUCUUCAAUAUUCUUACAAAGAUAUUAUCUAGUUAAAUUGUCCUAUUAUUUCGCAUACUUCUUACCAUUGAAUUGCUCUUGCAAUAUGACGGGGCAUAACCUAAUCUGUCAAACAGUACAACACAACAAUGAUCACUUAACACUGGAGAACUAGUUGUGCACUAGAUCAUGAGGACUUGACCAAUAAACUGGUUUCACCAUGGCGGACACAAGGGGGCCAGGACCAAUACCUGAUCGAUGGCUUCUAUGUCCUCGCAAAGCUAAUGGUAUGGUAGCUGGGAAGUUUCUUGCCUUCAAGACGCCUCUGGACAAGCGCUACAAUAGUCAGAUUCCUGCAUUACACUUAUUUUACCCUUCUAUGAUAGUCUCUAUCAUGGAUAGCUAUAAGGUUAAACUGGGUCUCUGGAUUGAUCUGACCUUCACCUCAAGAUUUUAUAACAAAGAAGAUGUGGAGGCUUUUGGGGCAAAAUAUGUCAAACUCCAAUGUAGAGGUCAUGGUGAAACUCCAAGUCGUGACCAAACCAAAACUUUUAUUGAUAUCUGUGAUAAAUUCAUCCGUACUAAUCCAUUGGAAAGCAUUGGGGUGCAUUGCACCCAUGGCUUUAACAGGACAGGCUUCCUAAUAAUAGCUUACAUGGUCGAAAAGAUGGACUUCUCUGUUGAUGCUGCCUUACAUGAAUUCAGCACUGCAAGACCUCCUGGUAUUUACAAGGUAGAUUACAUUCAGGAACUAUAUAAGCGUUAUGAUGAUAUAAAUGACAUGCCCUUGCCACCUGAGAGGCCUGAUUGGUGUAGAGAAUUUGAUGAUGGGGACGGUAAUGAUGGUGAACAGGAUAAUGGGGAAGAGGGUGAUAAUUCCAAUAGCAGUGGUGGCUCAAGUAACCAGCGUCGUGGAAAAUCUAAGAAAACCCCUGUCUUCAUGCAAGGAGUUCCUGGUGUCUCUGUUGUUCAUGAUCCUAAAAAGACUGAAGUGCAAAAAAGGGCACAAGAAAUGUGUGGAUGGAGAAAAAGUGGCUUUCCAGGCUCUCAACCAGUUUCAAUGGAUAUGAAAAAUAUAAAUCUUUUAGCAGAGAAACCUUACAGAGUAUCAUGGAAAGCAGAUGGAACAAGGUAUAUGAUGCUAAUUUUAAGAAAAAAUGAGAUAUUUUUCUUAGACAGGGACAAUUCUGUGUUUCAAGUUGAAAACUUGCGCUUUCCUAUGAGGAAAGAUCCACAACGGCAUAUAGAGAAUACAUUACUUGAUGGGGAAAUGGUUAUUGACAAAACUGAAAAUGGUGAAAGCAUUCCUCGAUAUUUAGUGUAUGAUAUUAUUAAGUUCAACAAUCAGGAACUAAUGAGUCAGCCCUUCUACCCUAUCAGAUAUAAUUGCAUUCGGGAGGAAAUUGUUGACACUAGAAAUAAUGCCAUGAUGAAAGGCCUUAUCAACAAAGCUGUGGAACCUUUUAGUGUUAGACGGAAGGAAUUUUGGGAUCUGAUGACCACAGGCUACUUGCUGAGUGACAAAUUUGCAAAGAAACUAUCGCAUGAGCCAGAUGGAUUGAUAUUUCAACCUAGCAGUGAUCCCUAUGUUGCUGGUCAGUGCCCUGAAAGCUUGAAGUGGAAACCAUCUAGCCAUAAUUCUGUAGAUUUUAGAGCCAAAAUUGUUACUGAAAGUGGUGAAGGAUUACUGACAAGAAAAAUUUUUCACCUUUUUGCUGGUGGUAUGGACCAUCCUUUUGGUACUAUGAAGUACAGUAAAGCAUUGAAGGAUAUGAACAAUAAAAUAGUAGAAUGCAAGUUUAACAACGGCCAGUGGGAGUUCAUGAGGGAGCGAACGGACAAGUCAUUCCCAAACAGUUACAACACAGCAGUUGCCGUUUUCAACAGUAUCCGUGAUCCUGUGACAACAGAAUACCUGCUAGAAUUCAUAGACCGCUGUAGAUGGCGAGCUGAUGAUCAAGAUCUAAUGCCUCCACCAGCAAAAAUUCGACGAUGCUGAAUGUAUUAUUAUUAAAGAUUAGCUGCUCUGAAAUGUUGCAAUGUAAAGAAACGAAAAAUAUCAAAAGCUCCUUCCAUAUACCAUUUGUUUUUAUUUCCUUCUGAUGGAAAUACUUGCAACACCACUGCAUGUGGCUUCAUGCAAUAUUUUCUCAAUCAAUUUUGUCAUUCUGGGUUGCAGCACCAGUUUAUCAUGUGUAAUGUGUCCUGUUCAUUGUUUUACUUCAUCAAGCUUUAUGUUGUUAAUUGUAGAUGGAAAACUCAAAUUUUUCAGUCUUUCUUAGCAAUAAACAUUUGUACAUAAAAAAAAUCAUGAUCCAUUAUGUAGGGAUAAAAAACAAAAUAUACUUUGCCUCUGUAGAAUGUCAGUUGUUCAUUGAAUGAAUUUGAUUUGAAAUUUGAAGAAAUGAAUGUUCAGAGGUCUAUUUAUGUAUGACACUGCCUUAAAAUAUUCUCAGUUAAGGAAGAAAUUCAAAUUUAAUGUUAAUGGGAGAGAGACAAUGAUUCGCUAUUGUACUUAGUUACUGUUAUUUAUUUAAUUUUUAUGAAAAUCUCUUUUGUAUAGGUAUGAUUGUGUAACAGCUGACGAUAAGAAAUGUGUUCACGCCAAUAAAGCAAAACUUUUACUUUGUGUAA